UUCCUUCUUGUGAUGCAGUAGGCUGCGAGCACAGCUGAAGGAAGCUGAUUGCCCUCAGUUUGAAAUUAGCAGGGACAACGUACACACACACAUACACUGGAUUGUCUGUCUCUUGGAAAGGGAAGAAAAUGAGUGCAGGGGACGUGGUCUGCACUGGCUGGCUCAUCAAAUCCCCCCCUGAGAAAAAGCUGAAAAGAUAUGUAUGGAGAAAGCGCUGGUUUGUAUUACGUCGAGGUCGGAUGAGUGGAAAUCCGGAUGUAUUGGAAUACUACAGAAAUAAUCACUCAAAGAGACCCAUCAGAACUAUUGACCUUAAUGAAUGUGAGGUGCAAAAAUACAUUGGUGUGAACAUCAUAAAAAAAGAAUUCCAAAAUAGUUUUGUCUUCAUUGUGAAAACAAACAUUCGUACGUUCUACUUGGUGGCCAGAACAGAGGAGGAAAUGCAAAAGUGGGUGUACAACAUCAGCCAGAUCUGUAACUUUGGACAGCUGGAAGAUGGCACAGAUUCCGUUGAAAGCCUUUCUCAUACCAACUCAUCAAUCCAAGCGUCCCCAGCAGUAAGCACUCACACGUCAAGAAUCACAGACCCAUCCUUUUCUGUGGACAGCAUUUCUGCAGAUACCCCCACCGAAGAGAACAGGAGCGAAUCAGAAUUCUUAUCCAUCCCGGACUAUCUGAUUUUAUCCAACUGUGAGAGUGGGAAGCUCAAUAACGCCAGGUAUGAUGCACGGUCAAAUUCUGAAAAGUCAUUAGAACAGACAUCUGAUGACGUGUUCUUUGACUGCAUACAGUCACCACCUUUUUUUCACCAGACUUUCAGUGCCAACUUUCACCCUAAUCAUGUACAAGCAACAAGUUUUAUUGCUGUUAAAGACCUAGAAUCAAAUGGUUCCUCUAGUGACUUUUCAUCCUCGUCUCCACUUCUUGGACCUUCUUCAUCGCAGAACUUUACAGUUGAGAAAAACCACUGUGGUGUCAAUGAUGCCGAGGUGCUUGCCAUCACCCCACCACCAAGACCGCCCAAGCCAAACCAUUUUUCUGAUGCAAGACCUGAAGUGAUUUCCAGUGGAGUCAUCCAAAAUGGACAUUGUUUGUCUGGAAUGUUGCCCAGGCGAAUUUCACUUGCCACUUUGGACAAUGUUAGAAACUGGAGAGGUGACCUGGAAGAAAGCUCUUUAAGGACCAGGGAUAAGCGUCUCAGUUUAAACCUGCCCAGAUUUGUACCUGUGUACUCGAUGUCUUCAGAUGGCUCUGAAGACUCCUACGUCCCCAUGAAUCCAAACGCUUCUCCGCCAGUUUCUGAGUCAGAAGCUAGCUCAGAUGGUUAUAUCCCUAUGAGUCCAGUAAAUGCAGCCUUUACGUUCAAUGCUCCUGUCAGCUCAAAGGUUUCCAGUCCAUUGCCUGAACUUCCAACUGACCUGGAACCACCUCCAGUGAAUCGGGACCUCAAACCUCGAAGAAAAAUGCGUCCUCCACCAUUGGAUCUGCGGAGCCUGUCUACAAUUAGAGAGCAUCCAUCUGUGACCCGGACGUGGACUGUGCCUUACAAUCGGACCAGCUUUAUCUCUUCAGAAAGUGAUGGUAUUAGCUCAGCAAGUAUAUUUGGCAGUACUAUUUCAGGAGAAGAGGAGGAAAGCUUUCAUCUAAUGCGGCCGGGAUCAUCUCCCAGUAGUGGAAAUUUUCCAUGGCCUCGGAAAUUCAACCUCGACUAUCUGGCCUUAGAUUUUAAUUCUGCAUCUCCAUCGCCUGUACAAAAGAAACCCUUCCUUUCGGAAGAGCAGAGAGUGGACUACGUACAGGUGGAUGAGAAAAAGACACAAGCCUUGCAGAACACUAAACAAGAAUGGACGGAUGAAAGGCAAUCAAAAGUUUAGCUUUUUGUUUGUUUUUUUUGCACUAGAACAUUUUUAUAACACAGUUAUAUGCCUUUUUUUGAAUUGUUUUGUUUUUAAACUGCUGCAUUCUUUGCAGAAACUAAAUUAAAGCCAAGAGAGAACCCAUAUACUCUCUCCAAAGCAGUUCUCAUGGAAUUUUUGGCAAUUUGUUUAUGGCAAGUUAAACACGGAGGACUGAAUACGCUCUUCUUUUUUGUUUGUUUUUGUUUGAUUCCAGAAAGUGUUUGGUCCCAUGUAUUUAUUAAUUGCCUUCAUUUAUAAGACUGCAUGCAUACAUGGGACGUAGUAUUCAUAUAGAUGAGGACAUUACUGAAGGAGUAAGACAAACUUGUCUUGAAGGGAAUAUUUAUAGGAUUUGCUCUGAGCCGGGCUACACAACCUUUGGAAUGGGCUUACCAAUAUCUUCUGGAGGAACCUGUUUAAACGUAUGGACCAACUAAAGUAGCUUACUCCAUUGGAAAAAGCAUAUGGCACUUCACCUCCUGUAUAAUAUGUACGUUGUAAAUAACAUCUGGCUUUGUAUUUGUGGACGGGAACAGGGUCAGAUCUUAAACCUCCAAAAUUGAAAACUUAAAGGAUUAAGUUGAAUAAUAUUUUAUUUGGGCAUCACAGAAGAUUUGUACAUUAACUGAAGUCUACUAACGUGUUACUUUUUUUUUUUUCAGAAAGGGCUAGAACUCUAAACUUGGAUUUUGAUUUAAUUUUUUUCUUCAAUAUAGUGUUAUGUUGUGUGCUAUGAUUGUUCGAUAUGCCUGCCUGCCCUGCUGUUAAAAAGGAAAAAAAAUAGCUUCUUGGAAGUGCACUAAUGACUUUGCCACCACUAAGACUGUUUUUAUUAUUAUUAUUUUUUGGUUUUUUUAUGUACAUUUACUAUGCAUAAUUUUGUGGCAGCAGAUAUCAUGCUAGGAUUAACACUUUCUUUUAUAACUUAUUAGGAUUUAGCCAUUUUUCUAUCUUCCACAAGAAAAUAUUGCCAGGUUGAAAUGAACAUAUAAAUCGUAAUGGCAAAUGAUGCAAAUGAAACCGAAAAAGUGCUUUGUUUUGAUAGGUUUCACAUUAUCCUAAGGAGAGCUUGACACUUCCAUUGCAAAGUCCUCCCUGUGUCUUUAUUACUUUUAUUUCUUAACUGAUAUUGUUACAUUGGAGCACUUCAUUUUUCUUUACAUAGCAGCACCUGACAUUAGCAUCUCUCGUAAAAGGGGCAUUACCUAUAGGCAGCUAAAGGUCAAAACCGUGGAAUGUUAUGGGAAGCUGAUUGACCUGCACUCCAAAAUGGUUCCCCUACUUGUCAUAGGGAUCUCUGUGUACUUCCAAUCCUUCAUUCACAAAACAAUGAAGUAAAUAUUAAAUGUCUACUCACUACUACGGCAGUGCAAAAAGUUCUCAAAGGUUUUUGCCGGAACCUCUCCCCCACGUUAACAUCUCAAAUCUGUGUUUCUAAUAGGAGCAAACGAUAUGGUGGGAUAACAUUGCCUGGGGGGGAUAGGCUGUGUGAGGGUAUGCAAGAACUGUGUACAGCCCUACUUUAAAACUAAUCUGACUCAAACCCGUAGCUUACAACAGGCCUUAAAGACCUUCCAUGCUAGAGAAAGGCAUGUGUGUAACUUAAAGGGGCACUUUUCAUCAAAUACAUCCAACUUUGGAUGUCAGUGAUCAACUAUUCGUAUGGUUAAUGCAUUUCUGCAUUAUCUAAGUGGUUGAAGAGGGGACAUGCUAUGGGUGCUAGUGAGAUCACUCAUUUUUGUAAACUGCUCCAAAAUGGUUUUAGAGAGAAACAAAGUAUGGCACCCAUAGACUUGAAGCACAUGCUUACCGCACCCAAGUAAUCAUGCACAACAAAACCUGUAAGAAUUUGUCUUUCAAUCCCGAAUCUGUAAGACACUGGGGAUAUAUAUUUAAAUCAGAUUUUCACUUGUGUUCCUUAAAACUAGUUUAUUUCCCCCUUUAUAGGGCUGUAGGUGGAGUGAACGAGGAUAAGCUUCCAUCCUAUGUUAUAUCCGAGUUGAAAUAAUAAGGUACAUCCUCCGUGUUGAAAAACAAGUGUUUGAAAGAAAACAUUCCAUUUAUUUAUGUUGUUGCAAUUGUUUAAGCUGUGCGCCACCAAUACUGUAGUAUUGGUGAUUGUAUGUACAUACCAGCAGCAAGAUGCAAAGACUGUUUAAAAAAUCGGCAUCAGAUGUGACUUUUUUGCAUUGAGAAGAGUUGUCAUGUUUAAAGGUAACAGAUAUCUGUAUUUUUAAGGCUACUGUGUCACGUGUAACAGAGUAGCUGACUGGAAGUACAUCUUGUGUAAAAGUACAUUUGUAGGUGUUACUGUCCCAUACAUUAAAAACUGUAGUAUACAAGUGGGAUUUUUUUUGUUUUGUUUUAGAUUAAUUGGUUAUACCCAUCCUCUCUAAAGAGAUUUCAGAACUCAAAGAAAUGUCAAUUUGCCACUGUAAAACACUGUAUUUCUAACAGGGUUACGUUAAGCACUAUGAGCACUUCACAGUUCAGAGGUUUGAAGUAGUCAUGGUGUUCCUAAUGUGAUUUCUGUGCAAAUUUGUCAUCUGACACUAGCACGCACAGUAAGUUGGCAUCACCCCUUCCGUGCUGCCCAUGUCAUUCCCUCACCCUGCUCUCAUUGACAUCUGACAUUCCUAUGCACAUACAUUCAUUGGCCUAGAGCCUAAACUGCCACUCUCUCACAGUGAAUGGAAGUGGGAUCGACAUCCGGCUGCUGCAGCAAUGCUGAAGCCAGAUGUACGUCACCCAGCACCAGAGGAGGCCAAGCACCUGGGAGGGAUCUAGGUAUGGGGCAAACAAUUGCAAAACAAUUUGAACAAUUAUAGGGAAAUGGGGCCAUAGUAGUGCUAGCACCAUAAUCACUACAGCACACUGUAGUGCAGGGGUACCCAAAAGGUAAAAUUACCACUUUAAUGAGUCAUUUUAAAGGCAUACAAAGCAUCAUUGGACUUUUAAUUCUACAACAUCUGGGGAUCUACCUUUUAGGCAACCCAAUUGUGGUUAUGAUGCAUAACCCUUAAUCCCAAACCCCCACAGGGAGCAUACAUUAUUAUGAAAGGCUGCUCCCAUCAGCAAAGUGCAAAACAUACUUGCUGGAGCAAUUAUUACAGCUUGUACAGCACUGUAGCACUGCUGUGAGUUUAGCAGAACAGCAUGUGGGAGGGUUUUCUACUUGUCUCUCUACCAUUGUCACAGAAGGUAUGCCUCUAGCGUAGAGGUAUGUGCUGUUAAAUAAUUCACAGGUGGGGGAAGAACUUUAAAUUGGAAAUAACGAACAAGCUAUAGAUCUGCUAGAACAAUAUAUGGAUUAAAUGCAAAGCUUUUUCAAAUGAGCACAAGUUGCGUGUACCAUGACAGGUACACUCGAACCUUGCAUCCGUAUUGACUGAAAUUGUGAUGUAAAUGCAAGUGUACUAAUCUUUCACUUACAUGCUCUGCCAAUUGCUUACCAAGUGCUGGGCCUAAACCAAGAAUAUGAAUAGAUGCAACAAACACAAAGCUGACUUAAUUUCUUGGCUAAUUUGGCCCUAGUGUGUAAUAAAUAUACAUUUAAUUAUAAUGCUCACCAAUGCUCUACAUAACGUCUGUUCAAGCAGACGUUCCAUUUCUUUGAAUGCAAAAACUUCUCCGAGUCUUCCUUACCUCUGUGACCGCAUGUACUGCAGCUUCUGUAACCAGCCUCAUGUGUUGUAUGUUUGCUUUUAUUUGUGUAUUUAUUUGGCUUUGUAUACUCGCAAACGUGAGUACAAUGAAGUAAAAGUGUUAUGUGGGCUAGACUUGGUUACAAUUCCUUGACCCAAAUAAAGUAAGAGGUAUUACUUUAAGUCCUCUGUGGCAGCUAAAAGGUCAGGAGUGUACAAAAAAAUAAAAAAAUGUUCAACUUUAUAAAAGGAAGGUUUUUAGUUCUGAUACUAACAAUACUACUUAAUUAGAUACUGGGAAAGCCAUAAUGUAAAUGACUGACACAUUGAUCCAUUGUAUAUGUUUUACUUUCAAUGUCUCUGUAACUUUGCAUCCUGACCAUGUGAUUAAAUACCAUUCAUGCUCAUGACCAGGGAUGGGUAAUCAUUGGCAGACCUUUAAAAAAAAUGUAUUAAGGGAUGUGUAGUCCACAGUAGUUAUAAUGCCAACAGAUUCCUAUCUCUGCUCGUCAUUACAAAAGCCAUUGCGUGGGGGUUGACUGUGUUGAUCUAGAACCCUAUGACAAUCUAUUUUGUAUUGUAUGGGUUAAAAUGUGAUCAGUUGUGCAGCACAUAGGGGUUUUCUAUGGUUGAAGGAUCAUCAAAGGUAAAAAUGUCAGACUUUCUCAGGGCUUAUUGAAGAAUGUUAUUAGUGCAUUUGAUGGCAUUAACCCGGAUAUUGUGAAAGGUGUAUUCAAUUUCAGAAAACUGAAAAUACAGUAUACAUAUAUAUAUAUACCCACAAUAAAUUAAGCAUUACACAUGUAUAUAAAUACAUAUUAAUGUAAAAAUCACUGGAAAUUGAUUUUCAUCUCUGCCUAAGAUAUUUGUAUUAAAGAGCAUAAUAUAUCUUUGUUUAA